GGGGUAGGACAAGAUCGACAUUUUUGGUAUGGUCGUGCAGAAGCAUUUGUCGAAGUAAUCGAUCUACCGCGCUCUUCUUCUGUUGUUUCCACUAAAAUCGGGUUCUAUUCCAAAGUCGUGACCAUGCCGUCGACUCGAAAGCCUGUCAUUACCAGCGUGCUCCUCGGCAUCGUUGUCGCCUUCUGUGCGAUGCCCCGGGCGUCUCUGGGGUUCUCCACGGGCCAUCUACAGAACACCUUCGAGAAGAACCAGGGCAGCAAGGGAGAACAAGCCGGACCCCGCGGGGCCGAAACCAACGGUGGCAGCCGGCGGGGCUUUCUCGAGGCGGCAUCCGCGUCCACCGCCUCCGCGUGGUUGCUUCCCCUAGCGGUGGGAGGAACCGCGGCCGCUCCCCCCGCGAGGGCCUUCGACAACCGGCUCGACGACCGGUACGCCAGCGCCAUCCCACAGACGGGGACCCAGCCCCCCGAUCUCGGCCACUCGCAGAGAUCGAACUAUUUCGGUCUCAAGUCCUGCGGCAACUCGCCCAACUGCUGGAAUUCUUCCGCCCCCAAGGCCAACAUCCCGGCCCGGUGGCUCCCCGCCUGGGAAGCCCCGAAGGGCUCUUCCAUUGCGGACGUCAAAAAGGUGGUCGACACCUACGAGGUCGGCCAGAACAACGUCGACGGCGGAGGAUUCAGGGUGAUGGAAUACACCAACAGCAGCAGCGAACAAUACCUCUACGUUCAGUUUCAGAGCUACAAGGCGGGAUACAUCGACGAUUUCGAGUGCUGGUUCAAUCCGGAGUCCCAGAAAUUCGAUGUCAGGAGUUCCAGCCGGGUGGGGUAUUCCGAUCUGGGGGUCAACGCCAUCCGGUUGGAAUACAUUGCCAAUCGAUUGGAAACCGAAUACGGAUGGACCUUCGAGAGGCGAAAGAACGGAAAGUUGGUUUAGUGAACACUAUGGAGGAUAUCUUUCUAGCUUGGACACUAUUAUGACGCAAGCAGAAUGUUCGCAAACCUUGGGUUUUUAGUCUUUUAUCGUAUUUUCAGAGAAUAGAGGAUGCCAGAUAUCACCAUGGCAAAUUGGAAUGUGGAUCAAACAUUGUUCUGGUGUCGAUAGAACUUUUAAUUCUUCGCCGAUGUCGGUAGUCUGCAAAGUCUUGAAUCGUAACUUCUCACAAAUGCCGAUAGCUGUUGAAAAAUCUAAGCGAAAGAGUCUCAUGCCGUAGCCUACGAUGCACACGCCACAAUACAACCAUUGUUUUUAA